AUGUUAAGCAGAAGGAACUAUGAGGAACUAACACGGAGAUUGAUGGUAACUGCAGUUUUAUAGCUGUCAGAAGAAAAGCACAGAUCUGAAGAAUAUAAACUUUUGGUCAAUCCCAAUUUUAUUCAAUAAGAUAAGGUAAUAAGGUGACAAGAUAAGAUAAGAUAUUCACAAAAAAUAACUAGAGUAUAAUACUUGAUCUUACUUCCUUCAGACAGAAAGAAAAUAACAGGUGUGACAAACAGACUGCACAGCAAUGGCAAGCAAACAAUUCAGAAAAAAGGUACUCCCAGUGAAUAAACGAGCCUAACUUUCUAGUAACUAUCAAAUAUGCGUAACAGCCUUGAUUCCAACGAUUCGCCAGAGUUAUCAUCUUGUUCAUCUUUGGAAUUCUUCUGCAUAAUUCAUGGGCUCGCCAAACGCAUGGUCUCUCUUCGCCAGGAGACGACUGGCCAGACACUGGCGAUUAAACUUUUCUUCGCGUGCAAACUGGAACUGGAUGCGUGA